AUAUAAUGUUAGUGUAAAACUUUAUAAAUUCAGAAGUUAUACAUAUAUGCAGUUCAAGAAAGUUUUCUCGAAAGUAAUCAGAAUUUUGAAUACAUUAACUAUACCAUUGAUUGAAAAUGUCUUUGAUCAAGAAAAGUUUAUUAUUUCUUUUCAUCUACAUUUUACAUGUAAAUCAUGCAAUUGUGCUGAAAGGUUCGUUAGACUAUUAUAGAAAACACCUUAACUUUAAAGUGAAAGACAUUGAAGAUCUAGAAAAUGCUUUUAGUGAUGAAUACAAUAGGCUUGGAAAUGAAGCUGAUGAACAUUUUGGAAAUGAAUUCAAGAAUUGUAGAGAGAAAUUCCCUGAUGCCAUUGCAUAUUUUGAAACAUUUACUAAUAUAUCAACAAAAGCUAUUAAUAAUAUAUGUAAUUUUAAAAAUUAUGUAUUUCGAAUUAUUUAUUUUAAGUCUCGUUGUUAUUCUAAUAUAAAAAAAUAUUUAUUUAAAUAUCUUGAAACACUGAUUAUGGACCAAACAAAUAAAUGUUUAAAUUCGAAAAAUACUAAUACCUUUGGUAAAAAAAAAUUAUUAAAUGAGAUAAACAGUGAAGGAAUUGUAACAAGAGAUGAAUUAGAUGAAGAAGAAAGUAAAUUAAAUGAAAUAUUAAGUAGCUUAUAUGAAAAAAAAAGAAAUUCCAAUGAAGAAAAACUUAAAUUAAAUAAACAAAAUAGUGAAUCGUAUGAAGUGAAUAGUAAUGAUGACAUUAUUAAUGAAUCUGAAAUUAUUGCUAACUUGGACGAUAAUAACUUUCAUAUGUAAACUAAAAAAAUGGAUACUAGUGCUAUCAGCAUAUCGCACAAGAUAUAUUUUUUGAUAUCUGAGAAAAUUAUUUAACUUGUAAAAGUUAUUAAUUAAUAAAUAAACUAAUUAAACAAAAUUAUCUUUUUAAAAAAAAAAACUGUAUGUUUAUACACAGUAAAAACCUGAGUUCACUUUUAUCAUUCUGAGUUCCGAAUCAAAAUGAGUAAUUGGAAAACUUCAAAUGACUCAGAAUGAUCCUCGACAAGAUUAUGAUUAUUAAGUUGGUGUAAGUAACAGAGCGUCAUCUAGUGAUUAAGAAACAAAGCAAUUAAAAUCUAAUAUCAGAAUUUAA